AUGGAAGAGGACCCGGGCGAGCGGACGCCGGCCCUAGGCGGUUCCGGCGGUCCCUCGCUAAGGGCCCAUUCGUCCUCACCGCGACGAGUACCGCUGUUCGAACGGGCCUCGACCCGUUGGUGGAAUCCACAAUUUCGCUCGCCAUCCUUAGAAGCACAAUACUGGAAGUGCUCGUUUCCACAGCUCAGGGAUCGUUUCCGUUCCGGCCUAGUAUACAUCUCGUUCGUUUGUGUGGCAUGGACGAUUUAUUUGGCAAUUUUCGACAGGGCGAGCUUUCAGCAUUGGCUCACCGCAGCCGGUCUCAUAUUGGUGUGUUUGGCGAUGUUAUCAUUCACAUUGUGCUCUUCUCAAUAUCAACGAUUCUACAUGCCAACCUCAUUUCUUUGUACAUUUCUUAUUUGUCUUGUUACUCUACUUAUAUUCUCAUCAGAUUCAAAAUCGGCAUUCAUGACACCGGUUGCGAGCCUUGCGACCAGUUUUCAAGUGGUGUUGUUGAUCUACACCGUAAUACCGCUACCGUUAUAUUUGUGUACUCUGAUCGGUAUUGUCUAUUCCUGUCUAUUCGAGACGUUAUCCAGAAAUCGUAUCGCUUAUGGUGAUACCUCACACAUUCAUCUUGUACUGCAUAUUGGUGUUCAUCUACUUGGUGUACAUCUUUUCAUUCUUACUCAGGUGAGUGAUGAUCUACAGUAUCGUUGA